GCUGGCGAGUCUUUGAUGGCCUGCGUGUCGGCCAAACACAAACUGUUGGUUAACCUAAGGCUAGUCUUUGAAUGACUAAAUACUGAUUGGAUUUCCUGUGGUGUUUUGAUGCUUUCGCAAGAUGGCUGAACGUUCUUUGAGGUUCAUUGAUAUUGGGGUAAAUUUAACUGAUCCAGUGUUUAGAGGGAAAUAUCAUGGCAAGCAGGCUCACACAGAUGACUUCGAAGAUGUAUUACAAAGAGCAUUUAAGGUUGGAAUGAAAAAGAUGAUAAUUACAGCAGGGAAUUUAAAAGAAAGUAGGAAUGCAUUGGAAUUGGCCAAAACUCAUGAUGUACUAUAUUGUACAGUUGGAUGUCAUCCAACACGAUGUGGAGAAUUUGAAAAAGAUGGAACCAACCCUGAUGAAUACUUGAGUGAUUUGAUUUCAUUUGCAAAAGAGAACAAAGGCAAGGUGGUUGCACUAGGAGAAUGUGGCCUAGAUUUUGAUCGUCUCCAUUUCUGUCCCAAGGAAUUACAGCUAAAGUAUUUUGAGAAGCAAUUUGAUCUGACUGAAGCUAUCAAACUUCCAGUCUUCCUUCAUUCAAGAAAUGCACACCAAGAUUUCAUAGAUAUUAUUAGAAGAAACAGAGACCGAUUUGUUGGAGGAGUGGCACACUGCUUCACCGGCAGCAAAGAAGAAGCCAUCGAUUACAUGGAUCAAGGACUUUUUAUCGGAAUUACUGGAUGUUCUCUAAAAACGGCAGAAAAUAUUGAAGUUAUGAAGACUAUUCCUUCAGAAAGAAUCAUAAUCGAAACAGAUGCACCGUGGUGUGACAUACGACCAACACAUGCUGGAUUCAAACACAUUCAAACAAAAUUUGAGACGAAAAAGAAAGAGCGUUUUGAAAAGGGGUUUUGUGUUAAAGGUCGAAAUGAGCCAGCUAAUAUUAUACAAGUCUUAGAAGUAGUCGCUGGAAGUCGUGGAGAGGACCCUCAACAAUUAGCUGAAACAAUUUACGAAAACACAGAGAGGUUGUUUUUCAGCUAAGCAAAAUAAUGUCAGAAAAAACUUUUUCUGUCUCCUUUAAUUAUUACUAAUAUCAACUGCUGUAAUGACUCAGGCCCCAUUAAAAUAUCCCCCACGUGCACACAACCACACAAAACGUUUGUGUUUUUUUUACAACCAAGAUUUGAAUACAAAAUGUGGAAGGCGCAAAAUUUGUUGAACUAGCUCCAGAAAAAUCCUAGAACAACCCCUGCAAAAUAUGUAUCGGCCUGCUCGAUCGUAAUUAUAAAAACAACAAAAAUACAUGUACGACAUCUAGCAAAUAUUUUUAUUUAAAAAUAAUCUUUCAUAAAAAUUAAAAAUAUAUAGCUUGUUAAAGACUAAAUUAAGCCAUCAUUAUAUUUUUUAAAGUUUAUCAAAAUAUUUAGAAAUGAAAUCAUUUCUAGUAUACAAACUUAUUCUUAGCAUAUAUUAGGUGUGUAUAUUAUCCCAUAGCUCUCACAUUAUAGGAGAAAUUAAAAAAUACAGAAGGUCAACUGAAGUUCGAAAAACGUAAUAAAAAAAUAAUUGCCGUAAA